CCUGAUCCGGCUGGGUGUGGUGGUGGUGGUGGUGGUGAUAGUAACAGGAAGGGGUAGUAUUGCAAUAGAUAUUGAAGACGAUAACAUAAAACCUAGAACAAAACCUACCCCUCGUCCUGGUACCAUCUAAGCCACAUUGAUUAAGGAGGACAUAUAAAGGACAAGGGUCAGUAAUUUUUGGCAUGGCAUUCUCAGGAUCAGCAACUUUGACAAUGGAAGAGAUCCCUUCUAUCACAGCCGUUGCCAUUGACAGGGACCGGAAUAGUCAACUUGCUGUAAAAUGGGCGGUGGAUAACCUGUUGAACAACAACGCCGGCUCGCAAUGCAUCCUCGUUCACGUUCGAAGCCAGAGCUUGCAUCCGCAGGAUUUUGAAGCUGUCCCUAAGCAAGGUCGGCCACCGACUGAAGCUGAGUUGCAACAAUUCUUUCUCCCUUACCGAGGAUACUGUGCUCGAAAAGGGAUUCAAUCAAAAGAGGUGGUCCUCCAUGACAUUGAUGUACCAAGUGCCCUCGUUGAUUACAUCAAUAACAACAACAUCGGCAAUAUCGUUGUUGGUGCUUCUAGCCGGAAUGUUCUUACAAGGAAACUUAGAAAUCCAGAUGUGCCAACCAGCUUGCUCAAAUCUGCACCAGAAUCCUGUGCUGUAUAUGUCAUAUCAAAAGGAAAAGUUCAAUUUUCCCGAUUAGCAAGUAGGCCUCAGACCGACGAAGACAACGCAUCUGUAAACAGGGCCCCAUAUCUCAAAGCGCUUCUGUCUAAACUUACAUUUGAUAGCCCAAAGAUUGAAGAAUUUAGCAGAACUGUUUCAAGCCGUGAAGGCAGCAAAUACAGAAUAACCUCUGGUAGAAUCAGUGAUUCCUUUAAAUUGACACCACGUGACAAGUUGAAGACAAACAAUGGAGUUAAAUCAUCUACACCUUCAACGGGAAGUCAAACACCUGAAACCCCUAAUAGAAUUUCCAUAUCCGAGAACAGUAAUUUUUCAGGACCACCUAGUUUCCGAUCAACUGAUGUGUCUGGCAGCAAUUCAGAGUGUACAGCUGAGGACUUCAGUUCUCUCAAUUCCCUGACCCCACGAGGCUUGGAGACUGAGAUGAGGAGACUGAGACAAGAAUUGAAGAAGUCCAUGGAAAUGUUUAACUCGGUUUGCAAAGAAACUGUUGCUGCAAAAGAAAAAGCAAGGAUGCUUCAGGAAUGGAAAGCAGCAGAAGAGCGCAAGUUAGAGGAAGCCAGGCUUGCUGAAGAAGCAGCAAUGGCUUUGGCAGAGGCAGAAAGGAAAAAAACUAAGGCUGCCAUGGAAGCAGCACAGAUGGCACAACUUUUAGCAGAUAUGGAGGCGCAGAAGAGAAAACUUGCAGAACUGAAGGCCAUUCGUGAGGCAGAAGCGAAGAAGAGAGCACUAGAGCAGUUGGUUAACAACAAAGCUGUGUACAGAAAAUACACGAUUGAUGAGAUUGAAGCUGCAACAGGUUACUUUGCAAGCUCGCAUAAGAUUGGUGAAGGAGGAUAUGGACCUGUUUUCAGAGCCACCCUCGAUCAUACAGCUGUUGCCAUCAAGGUCUUAAGGCCAGGUAUAUCACAAGGACAGAAGCAAUUCCAACAAGAGGUUGAGGUUCUAAGCUGCAUGAGACAUCCACACAUGGUUCUGCUCAUAGGUGCCUGCCCUGAGUAUGGAUGUCUGGUUUACGAAUACAUGGAAAAUGGCAGCUUGGAAGACCGGCUCUUCCGGAAAGACAACACUCCCUCAAUCCCCUGGAAAACCCGCUUUAGAAUAGCUGCUGAAAUUGCCACGGGCCUCCUUUUCCUUCACCAAACAAAGCCGGAGCCACUGGUACAUCGUGACCUCAAGCCUGCAAACAUUCUAUUAGACCGGAAUUACGUGAGUAAGAUUAGUGAUGUUGGUUUGGCCCGACUAGUUCCACCAUCUUUUGCAGAUAGUGUCACUGAUUAUCGCUUAACAGCAGCUAGGGGAACAUUUUGUUACAUUGAUCCAGAGUAUCAGCAAACAGGAAUGCUAGGUGUAAAAUCAGAUUUAUAUUCAUUUGGUGUGGUUCUAUUACAGCUGAUAACGUCAAGGCCACCGGUGGGACUGACCACCCAGGUUCAGGUGGCAAUUGAGAAAGGAACCUUUUCAGAAAUACUUGAUCCAACAGUACCAGAUUGGCCUGUUGAAGAGGUUUUAUCAUUAGCAAAACUCGCUUUACAGUGCUGUGAGCUGAGGAAAAGGGAUAGGCCGGACCUUGCUUCAGUUGUGUUGCCAGAGCUGAACCGCCUAAGGGAUCUUGGGUUGGACUCUGAAGCCAACAACAGUGAGAAACUUGUUUAUGCACCUCGCCCUUAUAAGUCAGUUCCACAAAUUCGAUCACGAGAAAGUCAGAUCACUGUUAGAAGCGGGUGGCAACGCUUGAAGUCUAUGACCAAAACAUGGAAGGCCAGCUGUCUUCCACCUAACGCAAGAGCGGCAGGAAAGUGGAACAAGAAGCCUGGAGAAGUAGGCUGUUGGUCAUUGGUAAGUUGUUCCAGAGCUCCGCCUCAGAUGAGAAGCGUCAAGUCAUUUUCAUCGUAAAAAGUAGAUAAAAUUGUUGCAGUGCCUG